AUGACCACCCCGGACAAGCAUGUAGUACACCGACCCCCUUCACCGCUACUAUCCUCUCUCAUGCAGGUCAGAUACAACACUAUCCUCGCUCAUACCCAAGCUCCCAAAAGCCGGGCCACGACAGACCACCAACACCCCCGGCCGGUACUAGGAUACCGUGCCGCGGGAGCCCACUUGACAACCUUCCCCCUUUUUCUCGGCGCAGCUAGCCGAAUGCAGGCGGGGGAGGAGGGCCAGGAUCGAAAAGAACCGGCUUCGGCGAUGUGCCAUGGAUUGCAACGCGUCUCGCGCUCGCUGGUUCCACGGAAGACGCCUUUCCAUUCUCCUUCCCGUGGGUCUCUAAAGCAGCCGGUCUCGUCUCCCACGAAACGGAGCGAGAAUGUGCGAAUCGCAUGCUGCAGGGUCUCGCGUGAUUCGGUGACUGGACUGUCGUGCUCCCGAAAGAACACACACGCCCCGCCCUCUUCAGUGUACCACAGAGAGUGUGUAAGAGACACAGAUCUCACUCGGGCUGCAGCGGCUCACAACAGCUUCCCAGCCUCAGCCAGAGCAGCGAGAGAUAGCCCGCCGACCAGUCCUUGGGGAGCAAGACACGGCUACAUACCAGGCGAGGGUGAGAAGGGAUAGGGUGGAGGAAUCGCCAGUCGUCUCCAUUCUGAGACCGCGAGCGAGGUUUUGUGUGGUCAAUUUCAGCGUCGGCGGGCUUGACUUCUUUGCAUGUACAGAGUAAGCCUUCGUGCAUCGAUGCGUUGCGCUGUGCAACAACGGUUGACAAAUGCAAGUCAGGCAAAACCGCCGGCCGCCCUUUCUGUUUGCUGUGUUGUUAUCGAAAACGUCAACGUUUCAACCGUCACGAUACGGCCGUGAUAGGGACCGCAUCCCGAUGUUGCGGGUGUAGUCUUGGCACGCAGGCCCAGAAGAGGUUUGUCACACUGGUCCAAUUCGACAAAGCUCGCCUUGCCGAGUCAUUGUUCGCAUGUUCCGGAACCGUUUCGUCAGAACCAAUGGUGAGAAGCACGAGAUAUAUGCUGGGUCUGGGCUGGGGCUGGAAGGACGCGGCCAGUUCGGCGUGCCGCCGCCGUUGAUGCUGUUGCUACUUAGCACCUUGCGAUUGGAUCGAGAAAAGGUCGGACGGCCGAAUUGGAAGUUGUAGCCGCCAACCUGCGCUGUCUUCUUGUAUCUGUCCCCCCUCAUACGUCCCGCGGGCGGGUUACCAUUGGAGAAAGAUACCCAGCGCAUCUGCCAGAUAUGUUGACAGCAGCAUAUGUAAUAGCAGAUGACAGGUAUGUUUCAUGUUACUGUUAAGAAACAUCGGUCGGAAGUGGUAUGAUGGUAGCAACAGACCACCGAUCCUUCCCUAUUCUCCCAAGACAAUCUCCCUCCCCUCUCCUUGUCCGCGGCAGCAUCAUCGAGUCCUGUGAUGAGUCUCCAGUGGGAACAUGCCGCUGUGGCAUCUCUCCCCGAACGAGCGUCGAAUGGGAGAGGUCGUCAGAAGCCCCCGGAGCUUUCGUCUUCGGCUCGUCCUCCGCAUCCGAUUCGCGACUGGGCCAUGGCUUGGCCAGCCCGCGAUUGCAGCUCAUAUGAUUGAUUCUCUUGGCCAAGGGCGUCUUGUCUCGGGGGACAUGUCAUGCCGGCUCUGUUGAUCACCCGUUCCAGACCCCGCCCAUCCUAAGCCUCUGCAGCAGCCACCCCUCUUUGCCUGCGUUUGCCAAGUUCCCAGGACUUGGUCAAGACUGCACUGCCGGUUCGGAGUCAAAAACAAGAUAGGACAAGGCAGCAAAAGCCCCUGGCGGUUGCGCCGCCAGGUGUCUCCCUAUACGUUUGACUGACUUUUCAGAGGGUCGUCCUUGGCCCAACCUGCAGCAGCUGACGAUAGCCUCUCCUUUCUGCAGAAUAUCUCAUGUGUAGCACGGGAGAGGAAGAAAGUAAGAGGGAAAUGUAGAAAAAGAUAGAAGCAAUGCCAUGUCUCAGAUGGUACGUCUCCUAGCCAUCACCGCCUCUUGGGUUGGUUGUGCCUCGGCCGCGGAAAUCCUCUCGUUUUGCGCGGAAGCGGCGCGCGUUUCCCGGAUCCGCAGGACACUGCAAGCUGUCUUGGAGAGCGGCAAUGGU